UACCGUGCGUCAAGAUGACGUCGAACGUAAACCCGAAGUGACGUUCUCUCCGUUCCCCUAACCUCCGCCUUGCACGUGUGUUUACUAAAAAUGUGGACGACUGAGUUUAAGAAGUAAUAGUGAUAAUAUUCUCUAAACACAGUAAUUGUUUGUUAUCCGGUGUAAACAUGGGGAAGCUGAAUGUCGUGGUGUUGAGAUACUUAUCUCGAGAUGACUUCCGAGUCCUCACAGCGGUUGAGAUGGGGAUGAAGAACCAUGAGAUCGUUCCAGUGAGUCUCCUGUCCUCCAUCGCUAGCCUCAAACACGGCGGGUGCAACAAGAUCCUCAGAGAGCUUGUCAAACACAAACUUGUGGCCUAUGAACGCAGCAAAAGUGUGCAGGGAUACAGGUUGAACAAUGGAGGAUAUGACUACUUGGCUCUGAAGACCUUGUGCUCUAGAGAAGUGAUCAUUUCAGUUGGCAACCAGAUGGGUGUUGGUAAAGAGUCAGAUAUCUAUAUUGUGGCUAGUCCGAACGGCGAGCAGUAUGCUCUGAAGCUUCACAGAUUGGGUCGUACCUCCUUCAGGAACCUGAAGAACAAGAGAGAUUACCACCAACACAGGAAGAACAUGUCCUGGCUCUACCUCUCUCGCCUUUCUGCCACGAAGGAGUUUGCCUACAUGAAGGUAUUGUAUGAUCGGGGCUUUCCCGUUCCCAAACCUGUGGAUUAUAACAGACAUGCAAUAGUGAUGGAGCUCAUCAAUGGAUAUCCACUGUGUCAGGUGCAUAAGCUGCAGGAUCCAUCAUCCCUGUACAAUGAGUUCAUGGAGCUCAUAGUCAAACUGGCCGAUCACGGCCUGAUCCAUGGAGACUUUAACGAGUUCAACCUCAUGCUGGACGACCAGGACCACAUAACUAUGAUUGACUUCCCUCAAAUGGUGUCCACCUCACAUCUUAAUGCUGAAUGGUAUUUUGACAGAGAUGUCAAAUGUAUCAGAGAUUACUUUGCCAAACGCUACAAUUACGAGAGCGAGCUCUACCCAACCUUCAAAGACAUCAGGCGGUCUUUUUCUCUAGAUGUCGAAGUCUCAGCUAGCGGCUUCACCAAAGAUAUGGAGAGAGAUGCUGCGUUGCUACACCCAGCUGGACCCGAGGAUGAGGAAGAUGAUGAAGAGGACGAUGACGACGAAGAGGAAGGCGACGACGAAGAGUCAACGAACGAGGAAGUAGAAAAAGAGGAGGAGGAUGUUGACGUGGAGGAAUAUAAACAUGCAAUGCUGGAACUGGAAGGUCUGAAAAUCAGCGACUCGCAUGCAGACAUACAAGAAGAGCAGAGUGAGAAAGGGGAAGAACAAAAAGAGACUGAGACGACAUCUACUGCGAGAAGGGAUGACGAGCCAGAGAAGGACUUAGUGGAAGAGUUGAAUGAGGCAGAGGAUGAGUGUCCAGAGCUGGCAGACCUUUCUACCUCCAACAAAGAUUUCAAACCAUUCAGAGACUCGGACAGUCUUCUACACAUGGCAGAACACAGGAGGACGAGGACAGACAGUGAUUGCACAAUGGGAAGCAUCGGGAGCUGUUCUACAAUACCACCAGAGAUAGUCCGUCAGAAGGUGCGGAGGCAGCUCUCCAAACAGCAGAAGUCAGCACAGAGGAGACGUCUGCAGAAGGGAGAAGCCAACUUGGUGACCACAUCAACCAGAGAGCACCAAGAUAACAUCAAGUCUAGUAUGGAGACCGCCUCCUUCUGGGGAUAACUGGCACGGCAGAGAUGGACAGACGGAAUUCAUGUCGACAUACUUUUUGUGCUCCCUACUGUUAUGGGAAAUGCACGAGACAAGAGUGAAAACGGACUGAAUGAUUUUAGCAAGUCACCAUAAUGUCAAGUUUUCUAUUUGAACUGUAGUGAACUAUCACGUUCAACAUACAGUCUAAUGUAUAUAUUGACGACUUAUAAUGAAGCUGUAUGUUUGAUAAUAAAACCCUUUUAAACAUUACUGA